GGGCAUCCAGGGACUGAUGUGGAUCUGUUUCUGCAGAGCUUCUCGCCCCCUUUAUGGGCUGAGGCCAUCUCCUACCCUCCUUUGAUGCUGGCUACAUGUGCCUUGCUAGUGCUUGUCUUCCUGCUGCUCCUGUUGAGACAUGCACUUGGCUUGUUCCAUGCCUCUUCCUGCUCCCAGCCCUUGGCCUGUGCUGCUGGAUCAGGGCCCUGAAUGAUGGGAGUGGAGAGCAGUAUGACUGGGAGGUGAGGAUGGGACACUGGGAAGACAAAUGUGGAGCUGCAUGUGAGGUCUGGGAGCUGUUCUGGUGUCCUGAUGCUGCUCCCUUCUGGGAACUGCCUCCCAGCGCCUGAUGUUGCAAGAAGGGUUCUGGCAAUAGCCAAAUCAUGUAAUCUGCCCCCUCACUGUUCUAGGUACCCAGUAUCUUCUUGUCUGGGACAGGGUGACCCUGCUUGGAGUCCUGCUGUGCCCGUGCUGCUGCCUACCCUGUGUGAGAACAUUUUCGGCGGUGGUGCUGCCCAGCUGGGUCCUUGCCUGCAGCUGGCAGCCUUGGAAGGAGUGGGCAGUGUCGGAGUAGUAACAGCCAUGAUGCUUGAAUUCGUCAUGGGGUUGCUGACCUGUAGUUCCUCGAUUCAGAGAAGCGGGGGCGAGCUGGCGUCACUGCCAGUUAGAAGCAUGAAACUGAGUUCGCCUAGAGGGGAUCGCACCGAACCGAGCCGAGCCGAGCCGAACCGCAGGACUUUUGACCAGCUGACCUUCACUGAGGAGAAAACAAGAUGUUGGGGGGAAAAAUGACCAGUUUUGGGAAGAAGCUGAUCCGCCGGCGCAUGGUGGACCUGAGCUCUGACACACAUUUUUCUCGCUGCCUCUCCACACUGGACCUUAUAUCCCUGGGUGUGGGUAGCACACUAGGGGCUGGUGUGUACGUGAUGGCUGGUGAGGUAGCCAAGGAAAUGGCUGGUCCCUCUAUUGUUCUCUCCUUUCUGGUGGCUGCUUUCUCAUCUGUACUGGCUGGACUCUGCUACGCAGAGUUUGGGGCGCGUGUCCCCAAAGCUGGCUCUGCGUAUCUCUACAGCUACGUUACCGUUGGCGAGAUCUGGGCUUUCAUUGCCGGUUGGAACCUCAUUCUCUCCUAUGUGAUAGGUACGGCCAGUGUGGCACGAGCCUGGAGUGCAGCAUUUGACAACAUCAUCGGCAACCACAUCUCCACUUUCUUUGCCAGCAAGAUCCCAAUGCAACUGCCAGGAGUGCUGGCCAAGCAUCCAGACUUCUUUGCUUUAAUCCUGAUUUUGCUGCUUACUGUACUGCUGGCUUUUGGUGUCAGCGAAUCUGCCCUCGUGAACAAAAUCUUCACAGCAGUGAACCUGUUGGUGCUGAGCUUUGUCAUCAUUGCUGGCUUCAUCAAGGGAGACAUCAAGAACUGGCAGCUUUCAGAGAAGGACUAUGUCAACUUCUCGCAGUCAGACUCACCGAAUGACAUGAAAAAAACUUUUGGUUCUGGUGGGUUUUUCCCCUUUGGACUGGAAGGGAUGCUGACCGGUGCUGCCACCUGUUUCUAUGCCUUCGUGGGCUUUGACUGUAUUGCCACCACAGGGGAGGAAGCCAGGAACCCACAACGCUCGAUUCCCAUUGGCAUCAUUGUGUCCCUCCUCAUCUGCUUUGUGGCUUAUUUCGGGGUUUCUGCAUCCCUGACUCUCAUGGUGCCCUUCUACCUCCUGGACAAGAGCAGCCCUCUGCCUGAGGCUUUCAAGGCAGUUGGCUGGGAACCAGCCCGCUACGCUGUUGCCGUUGGCUCACUCUGUGCCCUCUCCACCAGCUUGCUGGGCUCCAUGUUUCCCAUGCCCCGAGUGAUCCAUGCCAUGGCAGAGGACGGGCUGCUCUUCAGGUUCCUCUCCCGGAUCCACAGUGGCAGAAAGACCCCUCUGAUUGCCACCUUUGUCUCGGGGUUCUUCGCAGCUGUGUUUGCCCUCCUGCUUGAGCUGAAGGACCUGGUGGACCUCAUGUCGAUCGGCACGCUGCUGGCCUACACCCUGGUGGCGGUGUGCGUGCUCAUCCUCCGGUACCAGCCCAGACAGCUGAACUCCCCGAGGGCCAUGGAAAUGCUGGAGCUGAAUGGGAAUGAGGAGGACAGAGUGAUCAUGGACCCGACCAUCACUGCUGCCAGUGCCCAGCACAAAGAGACGUUGUCGCUGGCGAUGCUCUUCAAUCCACCUGGGGACACCCCCACUGUGCUCUCAGGGCGCAUUGUCUAUGUCUGUGUCGCAGUCAUUGCCGCACUGAUCACAGUCACCUGCGUGGUCCUGACCGUCAGUAUGGCUGCGCUGAAGGAUGCCAGUGUGGGCUGGAUUGUGGCUCUGGUGCUGCUCUUUGUGGCUCUGCUCAUUCUCACCAUCAUCAUUUGGAGGCAGCCUCAGAGCAAUGCACGGUUAAACUUCAAAGUCCCUUUCCUCCCACUCCUGCCAAUCUUCAGCACCUUCGUUAACAUCCUGCUGAUGGUCAAGCUGGAUUCAGGCACCUGGGCGCGCUUUGCCGUCUGCAUGGUUGUGGGUUUUAUUAUUUACUUUGCCUAUGGAAUUUGGAACAGCGUGGAAGCGAAAAAUGCAGAAAGAGCCUGUGCCACAGUAGAAAAGCCUGUGCACCAUCCUGGACAGGACCUCAGCCCUGGGGCUUCUGCAGUCUGAGGGCCUGGGGACCAGUGCUCCAUGGACCUCUUUGCCACUUUGGGACAAGAUCAUGAUCCAGAGAGUACAUCCAUCCCCUCUCCUGCAGAGAGUGAGUCCCAGAGUGAAUGUUCCAACCAAAUGCUGUAUGUUUCCGCUCAUUAACGAAGUAUUGUUAUAUGUGUUUAUUUAUUGGCAAAACAUGUUCACCUUCCUAGAUCUAGAAACAGGAUAAGGCCGCAUUGGGCCAAAUUAGAGGAUGUAGGAUCAAAGACGACAUCAUCCUUUAGCCCUGGCCAGGUUUUGGGAGAAAGCUGGCAGGAAAAUGAAAUUAGAAAUUAAGUCAACUUGUUUGUUUAGUCAUGUAAAAGCUGGACCAUUGUCACAGCAAAUUGGAGGAGCCUCGUGACCUGUAAAAGUGGAGGCACUGCAGGAGUUCCCAGUUACUGGUGUGGUUCUCCAGUCCUUGGCUGUGACAGCUUCCCCCCCCAGCUGAUGUCUCUUGGACUUGGAUGAUGUACCUUCAUUGGGGUAACUGGUGGUGUGUCUUUCUUAAUCACUGCAGGCAUUCUUUCAUAGCAAUGAUUAGCCUUGCUUAGCUUAUCCCUUUGUAAUUCUUUGUUCAUGGUUAGGUGUGUUGCUUAGCUUAUCCUUUUGUCAUUCUUUGCAGUUUUCCAUCAUGGCAAAUGCCACUGUUCCUUAAGUUGGUGUCUAUGUCUCUGACCCUACCCACCAGCAAAAGAAAACCAGCAUGGUCAGCAGGGUCAGAACAAACUGUUGCUUUUAAAAUCUAAAUGAAAGGAAUCAGUCCUGUCUGAAAUUCCCAGAUGGGAAGACCUUCUGUAUAAUUCACUGGUCCUCAAGUGGGUUAAGGUUGGAGGACCAUGUGAGAAAGAAUAUACUAAAAAAAGAAAGGAACUUGUGGAUUUGGGAAGGCAAGGAUGGACUUUGUUAACAGUAUAUCAAACAAAACACCAACAAAAGGAACAGUUGUUGAAAUGAAGCAACAGAUAUGGUUUGCAGAAUCAAAUUGUAAUGCUAAAGGGCCAAAAUAAGCUGCUUGCUGGUAAGUUGGAUUUCCCAGACUUGCUGAGAAGGCUGCAGUUAGAGUAGCUCAGUAUAAGAAAAGGAGGGGGCAAGUGAAUCACAAGAAAAUGCAUGCAGUAAUUGCAGAGGCAGGUGUGCAGUGGGAUCUUCAUAAAUUGAAUGGAAAUAUUUGGGAUUCUGUGGAUUUUGAUGAGGUUGCUUCCCCAGUGAAUUUGUAGAUGUGAGACCAGCAUGGAGAUGAAAGGUGGAAUUAGAUGCUGAUGGUCAGCAGGUCGGGAGGGAUACUCAUAGGGGAUUAUACUCAACAUAAAGUAGAUGAAAUAUCUGAGCAGUUUAAGCAAAGACCAGGGGAACCUCUUUUCUCUUAGAUGGUGUGCUUGCAUGACCAGGGAGCACCAGGGAUAAUCCUAGACACAGGGGACUCUAAGAAGUUUAUAGUUUUGUGCUUGGAUUCUUUUGUGCAGGAUGCAUUUUGGAAUAAUAUUCACAGCACAAAUUUGUUAGUUUUGGCUGUUUUGGAUGUAAUAUUAAAUACCCUACAGAAAAUUGGAGGCCAGGAUCUGAAAGUCAGAGGUAUACUUUGUGAGAAUGUAUACCAGAUGCAUGAGCACCUCUUGUGAUUUUGUAUUUGUAGAUAAUGUUGCUGAAGAUACAAGUAGUCACUCCAAUAUUUGUGCCUGUAACUUUGUUGCAAUUACAGGAUUUUAGUUAUUUAUUUUUUUAUAUAUUUUUUAAAAGAAGUCUUUUAGUUUUUUACCUCCUGCCAAUUUUUGGAAUCUAGCUAUACCCUGAUUCAAGACUUGCAGCCUACUCCCACUGGUACUGACUGGUAAAGGAACUGUUACAACACACAGACCUGAGGCUUGCUAAAACAAGCCCAAGAGUAUGGACAAAAGACUUUGGUUGCUGUCCAUCAUGACAUGGCAGAAAUUCAUCAUGUGAUGGAGUGAGUGAAGAAAGAGAACAUGAAUAGUGGGAGACUUUUUUUGGAUGGGUCCUACAGCUACCAGAAUUCUCAACUGAGUGCUUCACCCUAUUGUCAUUUUAUUGAUGCUAAUCCUUAUGCUUUUUGUUCUGAUAAUUGCAUUGUAUGUUAAGGUUUGGAUGAUUAUGAAACAAUUAGCUUACCAACUACCUCCACUGACAGUAGACAAUCCAUGUGGUACCAAAGCAUGAAAUGUUCUCAAGCUCUAUUUGGAUACUGUGAAGCUUGAGUGACUAUAGUCACAGAGUGUAUUAUGUGGGAAAAUGACUGGGAACUCUGUGGACAGGUAUCUGGGGGUACAAUGAGAGAAAACUGAGGACUUAUAACAGUAUAGAAAUUAUAGGGUGGGUGUUACACUAUUCCUUACU